AUGAAGAUACUAGAAUGGAUGCAUCAUAAAUUUCGGCAUAAUAGCAUCAAGCCUUUCAAGGACCUGAAUAUCGGGAACUCUUGCAUGCGCCUUUCUGUACAGACUUCCCUCGAUGACCAAGACCCCUACACAAAGCCAAACUACGGCUCCAGAGAUGGAUUCAAUUCCAUGAAGCAGCCGAAACAGGAGGAAGAAAAAUACUUUUGUCAAUUUGAAGCAAAGAAAGAAGAAGAAACCUCUGCUGUCAUCUCUGAACUCUUUCAUGGCUUUCUCACAAUUGGAACCCUUGGUUCUGAUGCAAGCAUAAAUGAGCCAGAAACGCCAACAUUUGCUACGCCUUCGGAGAACAUAACUGAUGGAAGAAUAAAGGUAACAGAGAAUCACUUGAAGCUCAUCAAUUAUGAGCUAGAGAAGUUCCUUGAGGCUGAAAGUAAAGAAGAAGAAGGCUCUGAUGAAUCGUCAGCAAGGAACAGCAACGUCAGCGCCAUCACACUUGGUGGAAAGCAAAUGGAGAGGGCCAAGGAUGAAGAUUAUUGGAAGACAAAGGUAUGUCCACUCCAAGGAUAUCUAUUUGGGUCUUCAAUUGAACUACCAGAAGAAAGAAUAGAAUUUAAAAAAGAAAAGGCAUCACUAGGAGAGCUGUUUCAUAGAACAAAAAUAGCAGCUGAAAAUUGCACAGAGAAACGUCCUAUUGAGGAGAUUCCAGAAAAGCAAAAACAUAAGUCUGCCAUGCGUUUUGUGAAGAAGAUGAUAAAAAAGGUUAAUCCUUCUUCUAAGAGUUCUUACCAUUCUUAUGGCGAGACACCAGACUCUGUUUCAACCAAGAAAGAACUUGGCGAUGCGAUUGAUUCAGUUUCAAAUAUGAAGAAACUCCAGAAGGUUAUGCGUAUGUUCCACAGAAAAAUCCAUCCUGAAAGCUCUAUGGCUGAAAGAGAAUUUGUGAGGUCUAAGAAAUGCAAGUCCAAGAACACUCCAAAAGAAGUUGGUUGUGCCAGUGGCAAUCUGAUACACCUCAGUGGAGACAACAAAAGGUUUCCUCAAGGGUCCAUGUCAAUGGAGGGGGUCCACUGCAGCAAGAAGAACGUGAACUCACCCCAAGAAAGUAGUCUGAAUUGCAAUAAUCUUAGAGGAAAGGGCGAGCACUGGAUCAAAAUUGAUGACGACUAUUUGGUGUUGGAGCUCCAGCAACAGAAGCUGUAG